AUGCACAACCUCAACAUACUCUCAUUAGUGGGCCUGGCGUUAUGUCGCAUUGCUUCUGCUGCCAGCGGCGAAGAAUGGGCGACACGGACGAUAUACCAGGUCAUGACGGAUCGCUUUGCGAGGACUGAUGGCUCGACGACCGCGACAUGUGAUACCGGGGUCGGGGACUAUUGUGGUGGUACUUGGCAAGGCCUCAUAGGACAUCUCGACUACAUUCAAGGCAUGGGCUUUGAUGCUGUGUGGAUAUCUCCAGUUACCGAGCAGCUCGAGGGGCUCACCGCCGAUGGAGCAGCAUACCACGGUUAUUGGCAGACCGACCUGAACGCUGUCAACUCGCACUUUGGCUCUGCGAGUGACCUCCAGUCACUGUCAGCAGCACUCCAUUCACGUGGCAUGUACCUCAUGAUCGAUGUCGUAGUCAACCACUUCGCUGCCCUGGGACCACCGGACUCGGUCGACUAUAGCAGUCUCCAACCCUUCAACUCGCAGGACUACUACCAUUCAUACUGCUCCAUCAAUUUCAACAACCUCGCGGACAUCGUAAGUAUAUCCCAGAAAAGCCAACAUCUUCACUGUAGAGAUUAUCAUUCUGGCAGGCGGUGCCUGUUGGCUGGUAGCCAUGUCCAACUUCAGACCGCCACGCUAACGAAUGUAUUGCAGACUCAAGUCGAACAAUGUUGGAUGGGUAGUCAGAAUGUGCCACUGCCGGAUCUCAGGACCGAAGACUCAGGCGUUGCAUCGACACUAAACAACUGGAUCAGCGGGCUGGUCUCUGACUAUUCAAUCGAUGGCCUACGAAUUGACUCUGCGAUGGAGGUCCAUCCCAACUUCUGGGCUGCGUUUCAAACGGCAGCAGGUGUCUACUCGCUUGGCGAAGUAUACGUCGCAGACAGUGACUUCGUGUGCGGGUAUCAGGACUACCUGCCUGGAGUCCUGAACUACGCGAUGUACUAUCCAAUGACUGCCGCUUUCUCGAGCACAACAGGUAGUAUGGGUGACUUGGCCAACAUGAUUGACACGAUCAAGAGCUGUCCCGACGCAAGCCAGCUCGGUACUUUCUCCGAGAACCACGACAUCACUCGAUUCGCAUCGCUGAAUGGGGACAUGGCGUUGGCGAAGAAUGUCCUCACUUUCACGAUGCUCACGGACGGCAUUCCGGUCGUGUAUCAAGGUCAAGAACAGCACUACAACGCGCAAGGUGGAAGCGGGUCAGAAGGCUCACCUUACCCUUGGAACCGGGAAGCAGUCUGGCUGUCGGGCUACAACACAGACGCAGAGCUUUACGUCCUGACGAAGCAACUCAACGCCGCACGACACGUUGCUAUCACGAACGAUGGAAACUACGUCACGACGCAGAACGAGCAUAUCUACGCAGAGCUCCACACGAUGGCCAUGAAGAAAGGUGACUUGCUGACCAUCGUUACGAACGACGGAUCGAGCGGCGCGGCGUGGACACUGAGCGUUCCGCUGGCAUUCACAGCUGAUACACCUGUCACGGAGGUCCUCACCUGUGAGACCCUUACCACCGCAAGCGACGGCACUCUUGCUGUGCCGAUGAGUGGUGGUCUUCCUCGAGUAUACUACCCCACCGCCCUCCUGACGAGCUGUGGCGAUGGCGGCGCCACGACCAAGAGGAAGAUGAAGCGAGCAGUAGAGUUCAAUGCAUAA